GUCAAUGAAUGUAACUAUUAAUAAUGUAAAUGUUAAUAAUUAACUAAUAUAGCUUUUUUCAAUAUCGAGAUUAUGUGUGUACUCGUGUUCUUGGAAAUGGGCCGUUUUAUUAUCCGCUAUAGCAUUCGCUUCGUAGCUUUGCAACGACCGGUUAGUGCUGCGUUGCGCCUGGCGUGCGGACUGCGGUCACAUACUUCAACAGUCGACCACGGACACUCGCUCAGAGAGUGGUAACUGAUACCUAUCGAGAGGGAAUAAAAUACUGUUCAUUCUCCGUGACUCAGCUUGAAUUAAUUUCACUGGACGGAAGUGCUAUCUCGAUUGUCCAGAUUAUUGCAGCUUUUGACCUAAAUGAAUCGUGUACAAUGGUACAAAUGCAACCACCGCGAUUUAGUAUGCAGCCUUCAUCUUCAAAUAGUAUAGUCAGAGAGGGUACCACAAAAAUCUUACAAUGUUCCGCUAUUGGCAUACCGCAACCGAUGUAUAGAUGGUUGAGAAACGGUGUACCACUCAGUGAUUUUUCAUCCGAACUAUUUUAUAAGAUCCACAAUACCCAGAGGCAGGAUGCCGGAGCUUACCAGUGUAUAGCAAAAAAUGACGUCGGAGCAAUAUUCAGCGAAAAGAACAACAUUGUCGUCGCGUAUAUGGGUGUAUUUGAAACACUAUCGAACACAGUGAUUACUGCUGAAUCUGGAAGAGCGGCAGUAUUAGCUUUUCCACAGAUAGAAUCUGAACCACCGCCUUCAGUUAUAUGGCAGGACGAAAAUGGCGCUCUUCGUUAUGACCAGAAAUAUGCUGUUACUGACAAACAUGAACUUGUUAUACUUUGUACUUCGCAUGAAGAUGAAAAAGCUUACAGAGUACGUGCCAUAAAUACACAAUUAGGGAAAGAAGAAAAUAGUCCUUACAUAAAACUUAACGUGUUUGGAAAUGACAGCAAAGAAAUUCCCCCAGAAAUAAUUAUAAAGCCAGAAGACACAAAGAUAGUAAAAGGUCAAGAAUACACAAGUUUGCAUUGCAUAGCUAACGCGAGACCUCUGCACGAAUUAGAAACUUUGUGGUUUAAAGACGGAAUAAUGAUUGAUUUAGCUGGCAUAACAUUUGACCUUAAUGACCAGUGGAAUAGGAGUCUCACUCUUAUUUCGGCAAAUUUGACGCACACCGGUCAGUACACUUGUCAAGCAAGAUUAAAAACCGGUGGAUAUGCUACAGUCACAGCAUCUGCGUAUGUCACAGUAUUAGAAAAACCAAUGUUCCUUUCAAAUUUAAAAUCUGAAACGUUUGGCGAAUUCGGUAGUACUAUUGUUUUGGAGUGUAAUGUUCAAGGCAUUCCGUUGCCAAGUAUAACUUGGUACAAAGAUGCCAAAAAAAUUGCAAGUGUUGGAGCGGACGCAGGAGAGCAGGAUAAUCCGGACGUUGACGAUGGCGGAGGCAGGUAUCGAGUGGAAGUCGAUCGUUCACUCGUAAUCAGCAAUCUCAACAUGGAGGACACCGGAAUAUACCAAUGCAUAGCCAGCAAUGAGGCAGGAGAAUCAUCCAUUUACACCUGGUUAAAGAUUAAAACGUCCCCGCCCAUAAUGCAGACUCCGCCGACCAACAUUACGGUGCUGGACGGCAAAGACGCCACCAUCACGUGUCGCGCCGUCGGGGCACCCAUUCCAAACGUCACCUGGUACUUCAACGAUUCUUUAAUUAUAAACUUAUCAGCGAGACUACAACAGCUAGACGAAGGUGACCUGCUAAUCACAAGUACUACGACGGCUGAUAGUGGCAAAUAUACCUGCGUGCGUUCCAACGAUGCUGGGAACGUAUCCGGACAGGCUUAUCUCACCGUACUAGUGAGAACACAAAUUAUUGCUCCGCCAGUGGAUACAAGAGUCUUAUUAGGUCACACGGCCACGCUACAAUGCAAAGUGUCGAACGACCCGAAUGUGAAAUACAAUAUUGAUUGGUUCCACAACAAACAGCCAAUGACAGCGGGUUCUCGCGUAUGGGUGGCGGCGGAUGGGGCUCUACAAGUGCAAGCCGUGCGUGCGAGUGACGCAGGCGAGUACACGUGCGUGGUGACGUCGCCGGGCGGCAAUCACACUCGACACGCUGUCCUCUCCGUCAUCGAGCUUCCCUUCCCUCCUACCAAUGUUCGCGCCUUCCGAUUAGAUGCCACGUCACAGAGAGCCGUCAACGUCACGUGGACCCCCGGCUUCGAUGGAAACUCUCCUGUACAGAAAUUUAUAGUUCAAAGAAGGGUCGUCCCGGAAUUCGGUCCCACACCCGACCCGCUCUUGAACUGGGUAACAGAACCGAUGAACGUGUCGGCUAACCAUCGCUGGGUUCUCUUGACCAGCUUGAAGGCAGCCACGUCGUACCAGUUUCGGGUAUCGGCGGUAAACACAGUCGGAGAAGGGCCGCCUUCAGAUCCAACGGACGUGUUAACCCUGCCUCAAGAAGCACCUUCCGGGCCUCCCAUCGGUUUCAUGGGUUCCGCACGCUCGUCAUCCGAAAUCAUAACUCAAUGGCAACCGCCGCUAGAAGAGCAUAGAAACGGUCAUAUAUUGGGCUAUGUCAUCAGAUAUCGACUAAGAGGCUACGAUAACAGUCCGUGGACAUAUCAGAAUAUCACCAACGAAGCACAGAGGAAUUACCUCAUCCAAGACUUGAUCACAUGGAAAGAUUAUAACGUACAGAUAGCAGCAUACAAUGACAAGGGUGUAGGAGUGUUUUCGAACAGCUACACUAUAAAAACAAAGGAGGGAGUCCCUGAGGCGCCCCCCGACAGCGUGCGAUGCGAACCAUUCAAUUCAACCGCCGUGACUGUGUGGUGGACACCGCCUAAUCCACAAAAGAUCAAUGGUAUCAAUCAGGGUUACAAAAUUCAAGCUUGGACUUGGGAUGAAAAAGAAUCCACUUAUGUGGAGCAAAAACUUGUUAGUGUUCCUCCUAACCUUCUAGAUCCUCUCACGGAACAAUCGUCCGUUAUAGAUGGUCUUGAAAAGUUUACUGAAUACAACAUAACAGUUUUAUGCUUUACGGAACCCGGUGACGGACCGCGCAGCGACUACGUUCUGGUCACUACAAAGGAAGACAUUCCGGAUGAAAUAGGAAACCUGCUAUUUGAUGACAUAUCGGACCGUGCGGUUAGAGUGUCUUGGUCGCCUCCAAAGAAAUCGAACGGUGUUUUAAUGGGCUACAAGCUCUCUUACCAAAUGAAAGACAACAAUGAUACUUUCAAAGAAGAAGUUCUUCCACCAAAUGUUACAAGCAUAAGAGUGGAGCAUUUGCAGGCAAGUACACAUUACAAGUUCUGGCUGAGUGCUAUGACAGCAGUAGGCACGGGCCCGGCGCGGCUUGCCGUCAUCCAGUCCGGCGUGGAGCCGGUCCUACCCGACGCUCCGCGCAACCUAGCCCUCUCGAACAUAGAAGCAUUUUCUGUACUUCUACAGUUUACUCAAGGCUUCGACGGCAACUCCUCCAUAUCGCUAUGGACUGUUCAGGCUCAGACUGCAAGAAAUUCUUCAUGGGUAACAAUUUUCGAAGUCAAUGCUCCGGAUGCCCAGUCUAUACAUGUCACUGGGUUAAUACCAUUCACAACGUACAGACUACGGUUGAUAGCUACUAAUGUUGUUGGGUCAUCGCCGCCAUCGGAGCCUUGUAAAGAGUUCCAGACGAUCCAAGCACCUCCGCAGCACCCGCCUAAGAAUGUUACAGUUCGCGCAGUAAGCGCUACGAAUCUGCGUGUUCGAUGGAUUCCCCUACAGCAAAGUGAAUGGUAUGGUAACCCGAAAGGUUAUAACAUAACAUAUACGAAAAGCGGUAGUAACGACACACUGCAUAGUAUAAUUGAAGACCACACUGCUAACUCUCAUGUCCUGUCGAACUUGGAAGAAUGGUCAGUCUAUGAAAUUCGUAUGACGGCUAUAAAUGAAGUGGGAACUUCAACUGCCAGUCCAACUGCCAUUGAAAGAACUAGAGAAGCAGUCCCGUCGCGUGGCCCUACGGACGUGUCAGCGAAUGCAACGUCAUCAACAACGGUAGUUGUACUGUGGGGUGACAUUCCCCCAGCAGAACAGAACGGUCUCAUCGAGGGAUACAAAGUGUGUUACGCAGCUGUAGUGCCACCGCCGCGACCCGAACAAAAAAAAGUGGAGUGCCAAGCAGUUCCUUCAAAUCAAACUCAUACUAUUACACUGACUGAACUUAGGAAAUAUGUAGUGUACCAAAUACAAGUGUUAGGAUACACUCGCUUAGGAGACGGAGCACUUAGUGACCCCCCUGUGACCGUGAGGACGUUUGAAGACACUCCCGGUCCACCUUCCAAUGUCUCGUUUCCUGACGUGACAUUCACCACGGCGCGAAUAAUUUGGGACGUACCUGAGGACCCGAAUGGUGAAAUCCUCGCGUAUAAAGUGACUUACCACCUGAACAGCAGCACUCAACAUAUCUUUUCGAGAGAGUUCCUACCGUCUGAUCGGACAUUCAGAGCGACGGAGCUAUCGUCGGAGAAGUACUACCAGUUCAGCGUGCGCGCGCAGACGCGGCUGGGCUGGGGCGCGGUGGCGCGCGUGCUGGUGCUGAGCACGGCCAACCGCGCCGCGCCCGCGCCGCCCGCGCGCCCCAACGUGGCGCGCUCGCUGCUGCAGCCGCACCACAUCACCUUCUCCUGGACGCCCGGCGACGACGGCUACGCGCCGCUACGAUACUACACCGUACAACAAAAAGAAGAUGGAGGAACAUGGCAGACGAUACCAGAGCGCGUGGAUCCGUUCGUAACAUCUUACACAGCCGAAGGUCUAAAGCCAUAUACCGCGUAUCAGUUCCGGAUACGAGCCACUAAUGACAUCGGCCCCAGUCGAUACAGUAACGCGACGGAAACGGUGCGGACUUUACCUGCUGCUCCAAGCAAGGCUGUAGAGAACCUGCACAUAGUCCCGAUCACGCCGAACAGCGUGCGCGUGCAGUGGUCGCCGCUGGGCGAGGCGCACUGGAGCGGCGACACGCGCACGGGUGGUUAUCGCGUGCGCUACCAGCCGCUCAGCGACUUCCCCACCGCGCUGCAACAGACCAUGAAGCAGGAUGUGCCUGGGAUUAAGAGCGAGGAAGUGGUCCUGACGGAUCUGGCGCUGGACCGCAACUACGAGAUCAGCGUGUGCGCGGUGAACUCGCAGGGCGCGGGCCCGAGCGGCGCGCCCGGCGUGGUGUGGGUGGGCGAGGCCGUGCCCACCGCGCCGCCGCGGGACGUGGCCGCGCGCGCGCUCUCGCCCACAGAGGUCGCGCUGGUCUGGAGCCCGCCCACGCGCGCGCAGCAAAACGGGGACCUGCUCGGCUACAAGAUAUUCUACUUGGUGACCGAAUCACCUGAGGAGCCAGAACCCGGCCGACGUAUUGAGGAAGAGAUCGAGGUGGUGCCUGCGACGGCCACUUCACAUUCGCUAGUGUUCCUUGAUAAAUAUACACAAUAUCGUAUCCAGGUUUUAGCAUUUAAUGCUGCAGGCGACGGUCCCCGAUCUACCGCAGUGAUGGUGCGGACCCUGCAGGGCCUGCCCUCAGCUCCGCGCAACAUCACCUUUUCUGACAUCACUAUGAACAGCCUCGUUGUGUCGUGGGAGCCUCCGUAUCGACGCAACGGCCUCAUACAAUCCUACCUCGUUACCUACGAAACUAUAGAGCAGGAUGAACGUUUCAGCAAGCAAGUAAAGCAAAAAGUAACGGAGCGGCGCCUAGCGGUGGGUGGGCUGGAAGAGGAGGUGGAGUACCGGUUCAGCGUGCGCGGCGUGACGGAGGGCGCGGGCGCGGGCGCCGCGGCCACCGCGCGCGUGCGCUCCGGCCCGCAGCCCGGCGCCCCGCCCGCGCCGCGCGCGCUCGCGCUGCAGCCCGAGCCCGCCGCGCUGCGCCUGCGCUGGCUCAACGCGCCCGCCGCCACCGCCGCGCCCGCCGCGCCCGCCGCGCCGCUGCGAGGAUACUACAUUGAAGCGCGCCGAAAAGAUGACACUAGAUGGGAAACAAUAACUAGGACGAGCAAUGGCGCAUUAGAAGAGUUUACCAUAUCAUACCAGAGUCUCUUGCCAUCAACUGCUUACUCGUUUAGAGUGAUCGCUUAUAACACGUAUGGAAUCAGCAACCCGACCUACAGUGACAAAGUGAUAGUUACUCCGUCGAAGCUAUACUUGGAGUAUGGCUACUUGCAGUAUCGGCCGUUCUAUCGUAGCACCUGGUUUAUGGUGGCGCUUGCAGCCGCUUCUAUCAUCAUCAUCAUAAUGGUCAUUGCAAUUUUGUGCGUGAAGAGCAAGAGCUAUAAAUAUAAAAAAGAAGCACAAAAGACCUUAGAAGAGUCACUGGCGGGCGAGGGCGAUGAGCGCGGCACGCUGGCCAUGGAGCUGUACCGGUCGCGGCAGAACUCGUGCGGCAGCGGCGGCGGCGCGGCCACGCUGCGGCGCUCGGCCCCGCUGGCCAAGUCCCCGCCGCGCCCCACGCCCGGCUCCGUGGCCUACCACAGCGACGAGGAGAGCCUGCGCGCCUACGACGAGAACCCCGACGACUCCUCGCUCACCGAGAAGCCCUCCGAGAUGAGCUCCUCUGACUCACAGAAUUCGGAGAGCGAGAACGAAAGUGUCAGGUCUGAGCCGCAUUCGUUCGUGAAUCACUAUGCCAACGUGAACGACACUUUGCGACAGUCGUGGAAGCGACAGAGGCCUGUACGCAACUACUCCAGCUACACAGACUCUGAACCAGAGGGCAGCGCCGUGGUAAGCCUUAACGGCGGCCAGAUCGUGAUGAACAACAUGGCCCGCUCGCGGGCGCCGUUGCCCGGCUUUUCGUCGUUCGUAUGACAAGAGCCCGCCGGCACGCCACCUGCGGAAGCCGUGCACAUGUAACUUUUUCACUGCCCAUUCCCUACUAUUUAAAUAAUUUGUUUAGGUAUUCCAAUUGUACAUAUCGAAUAUAAAUUAUAAGCUUUAACUAAAUUGGUUAAGUAUCUGAGAUAGGUUUGAUAUACUUCAGAUAUUUCCGAUAUUAUUAAAUAUGUUUUAUUCAAGUAGUUCUAUUAUUACAUUAGAUUAAUUAUGUGCCUCGCUGGAGUUCAAACAGCGUGUUAAUUAAAUAUGCCAUACCACAUUUAGAAGUUUCGUAAAAGCACAUAACAAUUUAUAGUAUUAUAAUUAUAAUGAUCAUUGGCAACUAUAGGCAGCGGUUUUUUAAAUGUUACUUAUCUUUUAGAUAGAGAUCUCGUAUACUUAAAUUGCAUUUAAAAAAUAUUGUAUAUAAUAGACAUGCCAGGUUUCGGUGUUAAGAAACUUAAUAUUGUUUCGUGAUACACAUGGGAUAGUACCUAAUGGAUAAAACAGCUUUUGCGUGACAAGCAACCGUUAAUACAGACCUAUGACAAUAUGAUUUUUGGUUUAGCUAACGCAUCAGAAGAUAUAUUUCACCAUACCAUACAUAAACCGUACAUUUACUUUUAAUCAUUACUCUGUAUACAUGAUCUAUAACUAUAAUUCCAGAGAACCUUUCAUAUUUUACAAACACUUUAAAUUACACAUAGCCAUUUAACAUGUAUUUCCUGUAAUUAAUUUCACCAAUUACAGCAAAAAUCCCCAAAACACUUAAGAUCCAUAUUUUAUUUUCCAUUGCGUACUUGUGCGUAGCUUCAACAUAAAACAGUAUUGAUUAGUAUAGUAUAUAUAAAUAAUACUUACUGCAGUAUCAAUCUUUAGUUAAGCAAAGAUAAAUGAGGCGAAGGAUGUGUCUAAUAGAUCAGUGCGAUGAUGUGUAGAGUAACGUUUUAUAAUAUUUUUACAAUAUUGUUAUAUGCAAUUGACUGAUAGCUGUAGUUUUUAACUCUUUACAAGUGUAAAUAUUAUUAAUGACAAAUGCAUGCUAGCAACUUUUGGCACAAUUUCAUGAAAAUACUGUGAUUAAUUUUAUUAUGAUUGUCUCAACAGCUGAAUUUUAUAUUUCCCACACAAUUUAAUACACAAAAGAUGUUAGAUUAAAAAGAUAAAAAAAGUAAAUAAUUUCAAUUUGGACCAGUUACGUGUUACCUUUAACCAUAGAAUACGCAUUUGUAAAUAAAUUCUGUACUUAAAUUUUAAAUGUAUAACGUUUAUCAGACAUUGUCGAUGAAUGUUGCUUUUAUCAGGGUAUGUUAUAAACGCCUGUAUUAGAUACAUAUUUGUUAUCUAAACUGUUUGAACCUGAUGAAAAAGCAAGCUACAAUAUCGGCAUCAAUCUACUGUAGAAAUACAGGUGCCAUCACUUCAAGACUAAUAAAUCAAUUUUGUCUUUACUGUAUGUUAGACAUAAAUCAUUUUUAUUUACUAUAUUAAAUAGUAUAAAUUAUU